CUUGGCCCUACGCCUGAGGAUUCGACGACUGGAAUAAAGACGGAGUUGACGAGUCACUCACAUCCUGACGCUUUUCUCACUCUCACGCUCCCGCACUCUACUCGUGCUACUUUUUCUUGGGCUUUUGACUCUGACUCACUGGUGCUGUGUUACGGUUGCGGAUCAGCAAACCCCCUAUCAAAUUGACCUACCGCUACGUUAUCAGAGCGUGUCGAAUACGUAUAUUCGUUUCGAGGAUCCCUUGAAUUUCGCUCGUUUUCGCACGCGUGUUUACGUUCCUUACGCGUUCACUGCCUAUAAAUUGUCUCGGCGUCGCCGUCUUCCCGUUUGCAUACGCCUUCACUACAUACUAGUACCCAUCCCUUAGAACUCUCUACGCGCAUACGUUAGCAUGUCAUACCCAAGACAAUCAACCUCUGCACAUGCAUCAGCACGAACGACGUCUCUAUCCUUCCUUGCUGCGCCAUCUCCGACGAACCCGCUUUCAUUUGCGGCGAUGCAGCAGCAGAACCCGCGUGAUACGUUUAAUAUGUACGCUGACUUUAGGAUGUAUGCGUCUGGUGGACCGGGUCGGAGGUCCUCGGCUUCGGCUUCGGCUGCUUCGCGUGGGUCGAUGGGUGCUGUGAAGAAGGUGUUUUGGAAGUGAUUAGGGAUCGGGGGUAUGCUUUACGCCCUGGAGGUCGAUACAAAGCUUUCGCUACCUUGUGCUUCUCGCGAAGGGCCCAACGACGGGACUGUUACUCGCAAGGGAUCAGCCAUAGAAAACAUACACACCCAUCAUAUCCUACCUCAUCAUGAUCAUCUCAUCCAACAUAUUCGUUUCUUCAAUAUCUAUCACGCAAUCUUCUUUUAUACUUCUUGCAACAAGGCGCUCGGCCGUCUUCGUCCUUCUCGGUUUUACAUGUCUUUCUCUUCCUUCCCUGCAUAAUCUAAUUCCCAUUUUUGUUUUUC